AUGGCGGAGAGGCGCGCCGGAGCGGCGGUUCUGUUAGCAGCUUUCUUGCUGUUGAGCUGCUGCAGCGUGCGUCUCGUGCCGGUGGCGGAAGCUGUGUGGCUGACGAUCCCGAGCUCCGGGACCAAGUGCGUCUCCGAGGAGAUCCAGAGCAACGUCGUCGUGUUGGCCGAUUACUACAUCGUCGACGACGAGCACGCUCACCUCCACACCCCCACUAUUUCUUCUCGGGUGACAUCUCCUUAUGGAAACAAUCUUCACCACAAUGAAAAUGUGACCCAUGGUCAGUUUGCAUUUACAACCUCUGAGGCCGGGAACUACUUGGCAUGUUUCUGGAUUGGUGGAAAACAUCAAGAAGAUGUUGGAUUGACAAUUGGCCUUGACUGGAAAAUUGGAAUCGCAGCUAAGGAUUGGGAGUCAGUUGCUAAAAAGGAAAAGCUCCAGGGCAUGGAACUGGAGUUGAUGAAACUUGAAGGGGCUGUGCAAGCCAUACAUGACAAUCUGAAAUAUUUGAAAAACAGGGAAGAAGAAAUGAGGGAAGUAAGUGAAAAAACCAACGCCAGAGUUGCAUGGUCCAGUUUAAUGUCCCUUGGCGUCUGUAUUGUGGUUUCAGUUUUGCAGUUGUGGCACUUGAGGCGAUAUUUCGAGAGGAAGAAGCUUAUCUAGAUCCUGAGUUUCGUCUUGUAUGGCUCACAAAUGUUCUAAAGUGAACACGAACUGAAGGGUUCCUGUGCCUUUUGCAUAGAGUUUUACGUUGAAUGUUAGGAAGAAUAUUAGGAUUCUUCUUCUCAACAAAUCUGGUUUUGGGUAGGAUGGGCUACAAUAGAUAUCAUAUCCCGUGCUAGUUUUAGAAUGCACAGCAAAUUACGUGGAUAGAAUGAUAAAAUUAUCAACACUCACCGCAGAAAGCAUCAGUGCAUCAGAAUCUGUAAAAUUGUUUAUCACACAGGACAAAGCUAUAUUUUCUUCCUGAUUUUGCAAUUGUAAGCUCAACAUAUUCCCAAUCAGCUCCCUCAUUCCCAGAUAGGAAUUGUUGGUUGUGGAAUAUGAAUGUUCUGCUUUCUUUCUUUCAUAUGCUAAACGUUUUAUUAAAUGUAAA